UUUUUUUUCAAUCUUCUUCAAGAUACGUCGAGUGUCAUAUACCAGAAAUUUUGAAUCAUCACCUCGGUGCGAAUAAUGGGCCUGAAAUCUGUGCUGAUCACUGAUCCGUUGGACCCGAUCUGUGAACAAAUUUUGGGGAGUGCUGGAGUGGAGGUUACAACCAAGACGAAGCUCACGAAAGAGGAGCUUCUGAAAGAAAUCAAAAACUAUGAAGGACUUAUUGUUCGCUCAAGCACACAAGUUACCGAAGACGUCAUCAAUGCCGGGGAAAAGCUGAAAAUUGUGGGAAGAGCCGGAACUGGCGUCGACAACAUCGACACUGAUGCUGCUACACGUUCAGGAGUGAUGGUUAUGAACACACCUGGCGGAAAUACACUGAGUGCUGCUGAACACACCUGUGCUCUCAUUGUGGCUCUGUCAAAGCACAUCGCACAAGCGUGUGCUUCUUUGAAAAGCGGCAAAUGGGACAGAAAGACUUUUUUGGGCGAAGAGCUUAAUGGAAAGGUGCUCGGCAUCAUUGGCUUGGGACGAGUCGGCCGUGAAGUGGCGUCACGAAUGCAGGCUUUCGGCAUGCAAACUAUUGGGUAUGAUCCCAUGAUUUCCGGCGAAGUUUCUGCCCAGUUCGGCGUCGAGUUCAAGGAAUUGAACGAAAUCUGGAAAUUGGCGGAUUACAUCACUCUUCACGUGCCUCUUAUACCGCAGACAGCAAAUUUGAUCGGAAGUGACGUUAUUGCAAAGUGCAAAAAGGGCGUGAAGAUCGUCAACGUGGCCCGCGGCGGGAUUUUGGACGAAGAAGCUCUCUUCCAUGGACUGCAAUCCGGCCAAGUGGGUGGUGCUGCCCUGGACGUAUUCAACGUCGAGCCGCCGACCAAGAGCGACGCAGCCUACAUCAAAGAGCUCAUUGAGCACCCCAGGCUCAUCGCGACGCCACACCUGGGAGCCAGCACCGCCGAGGCUCAAUUCCGUGUCGCCAAGGACAUCGCGGAGCAGUUCAUUGACGUGGCAAAAGGUCGACCUUUGGUGGGACUGGUGAAUGCCCCGUCGCUGGCUGUGGCGAUGACGCCUGCGAUGAAGCCCUGGGUUGGCCUCGGGGAAGCAAUUGGCAAAAUUGCUGCUGCUCUGGUCCAGUCCGACGGGAAUCCGCCGAUUGAAAUCAACUGCGUUCUUCGGGGUAGCAAAGAUCCUGGCCAGCUGUUGUUCCUAGCAUCAUCGUCGGUGCUUUUGGGCUUCAUGAAACAAGCGUCGCAUCGGAAAUUGCAAUCCAUGAACCUCGUGAAUGUGCCAAUUCUCGCUGCCGACGAAGGAAUAAUAUUCACGGAGCAAGCGUUGAUCAGCAGCGAUGCGACUCCAGAUGGUCUGACUGAGCACAUUCUUGAAGUUGUGCUAAAAACUGUCCAGAAUGGUCGUCAGGUGGUGAAUGUUACUGGUUCGGUUAAAGCUUCGAUUCCAAUCCUCCUGGCAAUCAAUUCUGGCAAUUUCGGCAAUGGCGUAGACCUCGAAGGUCACAUGGGAGUUUUCCUGGCAUCGGACGACGGAUUCGGCCAGGCUCUCGGGAUUUUCAAGGAGCAUGGAAAGCACAUCACUGCUGUUCACCGUUCGACCGGAAGCCCGCAAAAUCUGCUGCUGGUCAAGGCUGCCACGCCGGUCGGGAAAUCAUACACGCAGCAAUCCGAUUUGAAGCUUCUCGCUUCCGUGGAUUUUUAAUUCAUCACAGCUAAAGGAAAACGUGGAAUUUCAUUCAAAAUCCUCUCUCUAAUUAGGAAUGUCUGGUGUCUUAGCGCUUGAGGGAAAUGCAAUAAAUCAUAUUCCACCCUCUGUA